CUUUUGCAGUACUAUUUUUUUAUGGUGCAUCGCAUAUUGUUCAAUUUCACAUUGACUAUAUACUCUAGCUUGGGGGACAAUUCAAUCUUUAUGUUUCUGUAACCUCUUUUUGCUGUCUAUGUGCAUGGACACUACCAUUUAUUAUGUCGACAUGAUCUCUUUAUUUUUUUUCUUAAAAAGCAAAAUACAAUCGAAAAAACAGCAAAAAGAUAGGUGUACUGGAAUUAAUGUUCAUUUACAGUCUCUGACUUAGGCAGCUUGGUGGUGUUUUGAACAAUUGGAGUUUGGUUGUGUCAUUUUCUAGAUUGAUACCCAAACUUAUUUAUGAUUUAUUUAUCAUUAAGCACCCGCAAUAUCUUAAAUAAGUUUGUUGAAUGUUCCAAUUGAAAUCUCAUUGUUUCAGGGUUCGGUCUUUUCUAAUAAUUACUAAACCUUGAAAUUUUGGUCUCAGACUCAACUGUAAACAUUGACAUGUAUCUAAACUUUUGAAAAUUUUGGACCAAUAUUCCUUAUAAUUUGAGGAAACGUGGUCUUAUCAUUAUGGAUUGGUGGUUUUUGUACAAGAAAGAUGGGGGAAUCAGUGGAUUAUCUUUUGUUACAUUGUGGAGUGGCCCGGUGUUUAUGGAAUGAGAUCCUUAAUUGGACCGGGGUGGCAUGGGUUAUGCCAGUAAGAGUUCUGGAUAUUUUUAAAUGCUGGACAGGUAUUAGGGGAAAUCUCUACAUUGCCGCUGUGUGGAGAAUGAUCCCUCGUUGUAUUAUGUGGUGUUUGUGGAUGGAGAGAAACAAGAGGUGCUUUGAAGAUGCAAUACGAGAUGGAGCUGAAGGAUUCUUCAGGACCCAGUAUGGGACUAUCUCCAAGAUGGCAUUGUUACUAGCACUGGUUAUCUUGUCCAUAUAUUUGUUUCGCAGCCCAACUCCCCAACAAGAAUCUUCCGGCCUAGGAAGGUCAACUUCUGCAUAUAUCACUGUUGCUGCAUUUCUUUUGGGGGCUCUUUGUUCGGGUAUUGCAGGGUAUGUUGGGAUGUGGGUGUCAGUUCGUGCAAAUGUACGAGUCUCUAGUGCUGCAAGACGGUCUGCAAGGGAAGCAUUGCAGAUAGCUGUUCGUGCUGGUGGUUUCUCUGCCUUGGUUGUUGUUGGUAUGGCUGUAAUUGGCAUUGCCAUCCUUUACUCCACAUUUUAUGUUUGGUUGCGGGUGGAUUCGCCGGGCUCAAUGAAGGUUAUUGAUUUGCCUCUUCUCCUGGUGGGUUAUGGUUUUGGAGCUUCUUUCGUUGCCCUGUUUGCUCAGUUGGGAGGUGGAAUUUUCACAAAAGCAGCUGAUGUUGGGGCUGAUCUUGUUGGUAAAGUAGAGCAAGGAAUACCAGAAGAUGAUCCUAGGAAUCCUGCUGUUAUUGCAGAUCUGGUUGGAGAUAAUGUGGGUGAUUGUGCGGCUCGAGGUGCUGAUCUUUUUGAAAGUAUUGCAGCUGAAAUAAUUAGUGCUAUGAUACUUGGGGGAACAAUGGCCAAGCAGUGUAAAAUUGAAGAUCCAUCAGGCUUCAUCUUGUUUCCUCUUGUUGUUCACUCUUUUGACCUUGUGAUUUCAUCGGUUGGAAUACUGUCAAUCAGGGGUACAAGGAACUCUGGCUCAAAGUCUCCUAUUGAAGAUCCAAUGGCAAUUCUUCAAAAAGGAUAUAAUCUAACGAUAGUGUUAUCUGUUCUGACAUUUGGUUUGUCCACCCGUUGGUUGCUUUACACUGAACGAGCUCCUUCUGCGUGGUUCAACUUUGCUCUUUGUGGGUUGGUCGGUAUCAUUACCGCAUAUGUUUUCGUUUGCAUUACCAAGUACUAUACUGACUACAAGCAUGAGCCCGUACGCACAUUAGCCCUUGCGAGCUCCACAGGUCAUGGGACUAAUAUAAUUGCUGGAGUCAGUUUGGGCCUCGAAUCAACAGCUCUUCCUGUUCUUGUCAUUAGUCUAUCUAUUAUUUCAGCUUUCUGGCUGGGUCAGACAUCCGGUCUAUUGGAUGAAGCUGGAAAUCCGACUGGCGGGCUGUUUGGCACAGCUGUAGCAACAAUGGGAAUGCUCAGCACUGCUGCCUAUAUUCUUACCAUGGAUAUGUUUGGUCCAAUAGCAGAUAAUGCUGGUGGAAUUGUAGAGAUGAGUCAGCAGCCAGAAAGUGUUCGCGAGAUCACUGAUGUGCUUGAUGCAGUAGGGAACACAACAAAAGCUACAACCAAAGGAUUUGCCAUUGGUUCUGCGGCCCUUGCGUCUUUCCUUCUGUUUAGUGCUUAUAUGGAUGAGGUAGCUGCAUUUGCUCAGGAACCUUUUAAACAGGUUGAUAUUGCCAUUCCAGAAGUUUUUGUUGGUGGAUUGUUGGGCUCCAUGCUUAUUUUUCUAUUUAGUGCGUGGGCCUGUUCUGCAGUUGGCCGAACUGCUCAAGAGGUUGUGAAUGAAGUAAGGAGACAGUUUAUUGAGAGGCCUGGUAUAAUGGACUACAAGGAGAAACCAGAUUAUGGUCGCUGUGUUGCUAUUGUAGCAUCGGCUUCUCUGAGGGAGAUGAUAAAACCUGGAGCUUUGGCUAUUGUUUCACCUAUUGUUGUUGGUCUCUCGUUCCGGAUUUUGGGUUACUAUACUGGGCAUCCCCUACUUGGGGCUAAAGUAGUGGCCGCCAUGCUUAUGUUUGCCACAGUUUCUGGCAUUCUUAUGGCUCUUUUCCUGAACACAGCCGGUGGUGCCUGGGAUAACGCAAAGAAGUACAUAGAAACAGGGGCUCUCGGAGGCAAGGGGAGUGAAUGUCAUAAAGCAGCAGUUACUGGAGAUACUGUGGGAGACCCAUUCAAAGACACGGCUGGACCUUCUCUUCAUGUCCUCAUAAAGAUGCUUGCAACCAUUACGCUUGUCAUGGCUCCAAUUUUUCUGUGAGGUUUACCGUUUAUUAAGACCUAUGACCUGAGUCUCACCCCACCUUGUGAUCUCUCACCCGCAUACAGCACCCACCUCCCUUGGAUACGUAGCUACUUUGCAAAUAUGAUGGUAGGUAUUUUCAUGUAUAUCAAGGGUGCUCGAUUCAUAGUCAUACAGAUUUUCUUUUUUGCUUAAUCCAAAUAAGACAUGUUAGUUAACAUCUCAUUUUAGUGCCAAUUGGUUUAAAAUAUAUCUGUUAGUGUAUGUAUCGAGUUAUCCACAAUCAUGUGAUCGGCUUGAGCCUCUUGUUUUCCUAGAGUUUCAUUUUUCCUCUUUGGCUGUUUGACCACGUGAACGUGAUGUGUCUAUAGCCUUGUAACAGAUAGGCACACUUUUUGGCAAUUGCUAUUGAUUUAAACAACUAAGUUUUCAUGA